AUUCUCAGGUCAUGCCGUUUUCCCUAACAUUGACAUUAUUUCAUUUGUUUAGCCAAUUAACGUUCUGUGUUUCCGCACGGUCAAAUUUUGUGGUUACUCCGAGAGCGCCAUGCCGAGCGCCUGGUGGCGGUUUGUAGUUUUCUUGUUUGAGUGUCUGGCGUUAGAUCAGAAACGUUAGCGCAGCGUUACUGGCUUUAUGCUCGGUUUUUUGAAGCUUGCAAGGCGAGGCGAGGUGUCCAGCGUGAGCAGGAGCGUCGGGUUGACUGCAGUGACUCCAGCGCGAUGAAGAUAAAGCGACAGAAGAAAGCCAAGAAAGCCCUCAGCUUUUACAAGUACAACUUUGGCUUUCGGGAACCGUUUCAGAUAUUGAUCGAUGGGACGUUCUGCCAAGCAGCGCUGAAGAAUAAGAUCCAAAUCAAAGAGCAGAUGCCCAAGUACUUUAUGGGAGAGGUUCAGCUCUGCUCCACCAACUGUGCACUGAAGGAACUUGACAGCCUUUUAAAAGACCUGUAUGGAGCUAAACUCAUCUUGCAGAGAUUUCAGAUACGGAGGUGUAAACACAGUAAAGAGCCCGUCUCUGCAUCCCAGUGCUUGCUGUCAGUGGUUGGAGAGACAAAUCCACAUCACUACUUUGUUGCGACACAAGAUCAAGAGUUGAGAGCAAGUCUGUUGAAGAUUCCUGGCGUUCCUCUGCUCUAUAUAAUCCAAAACACCAUGGUGCUGGAGAAGCCCUCGGCAUGUUCUCUGAAGCAUGUGGAAGCGGUACAGUUGGGUGAGCUGGUGAGCCCAACUGAGCAGCAGAGCCUCCAGAACCUGAAAGCCGAGCAGGGCCUCAGCAAGGAUGGAGAGGAAAGGCGGGGAAAAAAGCGCAAGAGGAAAUCUGGCAACCCCAACCCCCUGAGCUGCCUGAAAAAGAAGAAGAAACCAAUGGAGCAGCAACCCAAAAGAACAGAUGGAGAGAAAAAGAAGAGGAGCAGGCAUAGGAAAAGGAAACCUGCUGAUCUGACUGUCGGUGUGAAAGCAAACACUUCAUAACUCAUUUUCUUUCUGUCAGCCCUGUGCAAAUGGUGUGAUGCUAUAGACUGAAUUUUUAAAAGUCCAUCUGUUUUCUAUAAGCACCCAAGUCUUCUGUUAAACCUUUUAUAAAGGUUAGAUGUCAAAUAAACAGCUGUGGUUCAUGUU